ACUUACGAACUGUUGUUUUAAAAAUUGGAAUACAAGUUAACUUAAUCUAUAGGAGUUUAAUAGUCUCUUCUCAAUUCCCUGGACGCCAUUGGAAUCCCCCUUUUCAGGAUUAGCGGUGCUCGGGUCCGGGAGGAACAUGGCGGCGUCCGUGAGGACCUAGGCUUGGGAAGAGCUAGUUGUUUGGUGUGGUGCUACUGUCUUGCGGGAUAUUGACAGGCUGGAGCUUUCCGCGACUUCCCAAUUUAAGGAAGAGUGUACCGAUAGGUGGCCAGCUCUAGUUACCGGCGGUUUGCUCUCAUCCCCAUUAGGAGCGGAUUCCUGAGUACUGACCAGAAUGAGCAACAUUUACAUCCAGGAGCCUCCCACGAACGGGAAGGUUUUAUUGAAAACUACAGCUGGAGAUAUUGAUAUAGAGUUGUGGUCAAAAGAAGCUCCUAAAGCAUGCAGAAAUUUCAUCCAGCUUUGUUUGGAAGCAUAUUAUGACAACACCAUAUUUCAUAGAGUUGUGCCUGGCUUUAUAGUCCAAGGGGGAGAUCCUACUGGCACAGGGACUGGUGGAGAAUCUAUCUAUGGAGUCCCAUUCAAGGAUGAAUUCCACUCACGGUUGCGUUUUAAUCGUAGAGGACUGGUUGCCAUGGCAAAUGCUGGCCCUCACGAUAAUGGCAGCCAGUUUUUCUUUACCCUGGGUCGAGCUGAUGAACUUAACAAUAAGCACACCAUCUUUGGAAAGGUUACAGGGGAUACAGUAUAUAACAUGCUACGCCUGACAGAAGUAGACAUUGAUGAUGAAGAAAGACCACGAAAUCCACAUAAAAUAAGAAGUUGUGAGGUUUUAUUUAAUCCUUUUGAUGACAUCAUUCCAAGGGAAAUAAAAAAGCCGAAAAAAGAGAAACCAGAGGAGGAAGUAAAGAAAUUGAAACCCAAAGGCACAAAAAAUUUUAGUUUACUUUCAUUUGGAGAGGAAGCUGAGGAAGAAGAGGAGGAAGUGAAUCGAGUUAGUCAGAGCAUGAAGGGGAAAAGCAAAAGUAGUCAUGACUUGCUUAAGGAUGAUCCACAUCUCAGCUCUGUUCCAGCUGUUGAAAGUGAGAAAGGGGAUGCAGCAGAAGAUUCAGAUGAUGAUGGAGAAUAUGAAGGUGCAGAGCAUGAUGAAUAUGUUGAUGGUGAUGAGAAGAACCAGAUGAGAGAAAGAAUUGCAAAAAAGUUAAAAAAGGACACAAGUGAGAAUGUUAAGAGAGCUGGAGAGGGUGAAGUGGAGAAGAAACCAGUUAGCCGCAGGUGGAUUCUUUACCAGCUGAGCUACAAUUCUGCUUCCUCAUUUAGCAGAUAAAACUUUGAGAGGUUAAGUGACUAGAUCAAGAUCAUUUGUUAGGGACAACCUAAGCAGUUUCAGUGAGCCUGAAUGUCAAUUUGGCAUACUUUGUCAUGUGCUUCCCUCUGAAAGCUUCCAAACCACUCACCAGACUACUGCAACAUGUUAAAUUCUGGAAGCAGCUGGUAAGUUUCACAUUAUUUUUCCUCUACUCCCUAAAUAGUACACACGAGCAAAAGGCCAGGAAACCACCUAAGGAACUAGUCACAACUUCUACCAGUGGCAUCUGGUAUAUAAUAAAUUAUUCAGCCAUUGUGAAAGAAUGAGUGAAUAUUGGAUCUAUGAAUUAGGCAAGUGAUAAUCCCAGUGAUGGUGUGAAAUGAAAGUGUGAUUUUCAGUAUUCUGAUGUUUAAGAUAAAUUUGAUUACAAAAGAAUAAUUAAGCUGUUAAUAGGACUAAUAAAAUUACCUUUCUUGAUUUGGGUUUUCUAAAAACCUGACUCACCUGUACCUUUUAUGACUCAUAUGUUUCAUUCUUUUUUUGUUAGAUUAUUUGUUGGGUCCAGGAAAUUCAGUCAGUUUCCAGUUUUAGAAUUUAUUGGCUCAAUGUCAGGGUGCUCACUGAUUCAUAAAUGGAUCAUAUUUGUAAUUUUGUUUGUUUUUUUUAUUUAGAAUUGAAGAAAAUUUUCCUGUAGAAGCAGGCUAUAACUUGUAAUUGGUUUUUCUUAAUUUGGGAAAUUUAAUUUGGGAUCUCUUGGAAUGCCACUAGGGAAACAAAGAUGUUAAGGGAUAAAUAUGUAACUUUGCAUACAUAUGCAUUAGUGUGUAUGUGUAAAAUCUAUAAAAUGCCUUUAGAACUACAUGUAAGGCGCAUAUGCACAAUUGUAAAUAUAUCCUGACAAUAAUUUCAAUGGCAGGUCUGUGGAAGGAGAAUCAUUUUAAUCAGUUUAUUCACCUAUUUUUUGUUAAAAUCUAUUUAGCAUCUGAUGUCUUUAGGGCAUAUUUUAAGAGGCUUAUAUCUCAGCUAGAUCUUCAGAGAUGGAUAAGAUUUGAACAUAUGGUAUAUUGCAUUAUGUUAUGCUUGUGUAAGUAUUUGCCUUACUUUAUAAAUAUGAUCUGUUUGUGAAUCACACAUUUAAUUUUGUGUUUUUUCAAAUAUUCAGGAGUGCUUAUAUAGUUUUGCUGGCCAUUUGACCCUCACAGCUUUCUUAAUUACUAUUACUACUUUCUGCUUAGAACACUACUUUUAUUUUAAUGCUGAAUAACAAUUUCUUGAGUUAUAGAGUUACAGUUGCUAAGAUUAUUUUCAUGUUUGUGGUCCGUUCACGCUCUUCCCCAUAGGGAAAUAGAGAAUCAUCCUUCACAACCAAAACAAAGCUCUAGAAGUUGGGUAGCAAAUAUAGGAGCAGCCAAGGGCUAUUGUUUUCCCUGUAUCCCCUAACGUGUACAUGGAUACACACAAACUCACACAUAUAGAAUAGUGACAGUACAGCUUUGUGUAGCAGUUCUCAACUUUUAGUCUCAGAAUCCUUUAUAUUCUUAAAAAUUUAUUGAGGACCCCAAGGAACUUAAUAUUUAUUAAUAUAAAUUUAAAAUAGCAAUAGUCAACUUCAUUUUAUUUUAACAUAAAUAACACAUUAGGAAAAAAAAGCCUAUUUCCCUAAAUUAAAAAAAAAAACAUUUAGUUAGAAAAGUAGAAUUGUUUUAUACUUUUACAAAUCUGUUUAAUGACUGGCUCAAUAGAGGGCAGCUGGAGUCCCAUGUCUACUUCUUUACUGAGUCUGUUGUGUGUUGUUUUAGUUAAAUUAUAGGAGGAAAAUAUGUUCUCACACAGAUAUAUGGUUUGAGUAGAGAUGAGUAUUUAAUAGCCCUUUCAGUUAAUUAUGGUUAUUCUUUGAUAAUAUUUCAAAACUUAAGAAGUAUUAAUUUUUUAUAGGUUAAUGUAAAACCAGUAGAUCCUUCAUAAUCUACUAUACUUUAAAACCCAUUGGUUUAAUUUGCACCUUGAAUGGAUCUUUUACCAUGCAUGAUUUUUUUAAUAUUAUGCGUUGAUUAUUUGGAAAGUGUUGAUCCAGUUAGUCAAUGCAGAUCUACCAAUGUUGAUACAGUUUGCCAUGCAAUUUAAAAAAAAAAUCACAUUCAUUAAUAUGGUCACUGAUCUCCAGAGUCUCCCAGUAUAGUGAUAGUGUGGUUCUCAGUUUUCUAAAAUUCAAUUUCUUUUCCUUGAAAACUCAGAUUUUAUCAUUGUCAACAAAUUUACCAUCUUCAGUCCUUUUCCUUGAAGUAAAAGUAUCACUUUGUUCCCAGAUCAGAAUAACCAGUUUGUCUGUUGUUCAUUCAAAUAAAAGUGGUAUAUUAUUUGAAAAAACAAAACUGUUUUACCUCACAAUUCAAAUAACUGCAUGUUUUUCCUCAGAACAGCUACAUUUCUAUAUGCAGAAAAAGUGCUGUAUGCAAUACUUCAGUUUCAUCACAUAAAAUAUUGUGCUCAAGGGUUGAAGUUUCAUAAAAUUAAUAAUUUUUACUGUUUCAUCAAGGGUAUUCAUAAGUGAAGCUGGUUUAAAAAAUGUUUUCUUCACUGAGUUCCUGGCAGUGACAAGUAUUACAAUGACUUAUACCCUAGUGCUGCCACUGCCUUGAUCAUGUCAUGGUUCCAGCAGUUUUACCUACAGUCACUUUUGUACCAUCAGUAAAGCCGAUGUCAACAUAUUGGAAAGGGAAAAUCACAUCUUACUAGUAUUACUAAAAUACUUUUGAGGUCACAGACUCUUCACAUGGUUUUAUAGUUUUUCAAGGUCUGUGAACCAUAGUUUGAGAACUGCUCAUGUAGUGGUUUUAAGGCAUCGUGCACACUCAGAUGCAUCUGGCUCUGCCUAGCCAUAAGAUCUAGAGAUCGAGAACUAGUAAUUACUUCAGCUUUAUUUGUAAAGUGAAUUUAUAAUAGUGUGAUAUUAUACGGUUUGUGGGAGGGUAUGAGUUAAUAUAUAUAAGCUUUUAUACCACUGCCUGGCAUAGAGUAAGUCUAUGGGUUUGCAAAUUAUAUUUUCAUAUUUUACAGAUUUAUAUAGGUAUUCCAUUAAUUCUGGAUAUUUGGAAACUCCGGGUUCAUCUCACUGCUUUCAAAUCAGCUCAUACUUAAACCAAAUAGAUGACACAUUUUAGUUCUGAAGAUGCUCAGAGACAGUUCUUUAUGUAUUUUUUUGACAUUGGUUCAAUUUGAAGAGCGUUCUUUGGAUUGUUUGAUAGCAGUCAUGGAGGAGUAAAUGCUUCCAUUUAUAUGCUGUAAGUGGAUUCUCUUAAUAUCAGUUGAUCAGUGUGUGCUCUUGAGAUGAUUCCUUCUGCAUCUUAAGUGGCCUUAAGAGGUGUUUUCAGUGGUAUUAAAGGGGUUGGUGAAUUGUUUUGGCCUUCAGUGUUAAACAAUAGCACAACUCGGCUAGUCUUGUAGUUAAACGACCAUUUGUAUUGCUUUAUGUAGGCUUUUGCUUUCAGUUCAUAUAUUUUUUGCAACUUGGAUUUUACUUGAAAGUUGUUAGCUCUGUGACAUACUCAGAGUUUUGAUUCUGUCUUUCCUAUGGCCUUCACUCAGAGCUUUGUACUAAGAGGCUAAUUGUCAUCUUGGCUACACAAUGUAGGAGGAAAAUGUUGAGUCUCUGAAUAUAGUCAAAGUUAGUCUUUGCUUAAUUUAAAUUCAUCAUAUAUCCAGAAUAUACAAGCUAUUGAUUGCCUGUAUUUUUUUAAUACACUUGCUGUAACUUCUGAUUAAAUGUAAAAUUAGCUUAACUGUAUUUUUGAGGCCAACAGGACCCUUUAUGCUAAUGAUCAGUCACAUCAAAUGAAAUUAUUCUGUUAGAAUAGUAAAUAACAGUUACAUGAAUUUGUUUAGUAUCACUGAACAUGAGAUAGAGGAAAAUCAAUGGUGAAUUUUUUUGGGAACCAACCUCAAAAUUUGCCCCUUGCCAUUUUUUAAAGGAAAUAAUAUUGUAUCAUUUAUAUUCAAAUUUUAAAGAAAGUAAAAUCAAAUUAUUUCUUUGAAAAUUUUCAGUAUUUAUCGAAUUGCAUCUGUUUACAUAAAAGAGUAAUAAGUACAAUUUUUUCUGUCAUCUUUAUAACCAGAAACAAACAUUUGUUCUUUUCUUAUUCGAACUUUAAAUGAACUCUUAUAUAAAGUUCUAUUACGUCUCCUCUUACAAACUUAGUAUUCUUCUACAUAUCAUAAUACAAAGGAACUUUCUAUUUAAACAAGGCAACUUUGAUGUAAUUUGCUAAGACCCUACAAAAGGUCUGGAAUACUUUUAUAUUUUGUUUUAACCUCAUGUUUAUAAUUUGGUUUUUGGCGUUCUAUGAAACGCCUUUCACUCUAAGUUAGACUAGAUGAUAAUCACUCUUCUCAGUCUGGCCAAAAGGUAAUACUCAAUGCAGUGACACAUUCAAAAGGAAAAUGGAGAGAUUUCCAAGCAUUUAUAUCUUAGCUUGAUUUUUACUGAUGUAUGCCCUUUUUUGUAUUUUCUGCUGUUUGCUUUGAUUGAAAUUAAAGUUUCUUCGUAAACUCCAAGGACACAUAUGUAUUCUAUACCUGGGGUCCAAAAGUUUCCCAGUCAUUUGCUUAUACUAUGCUUCAAGACUUGUGUACACCUAAGCUCUUAAUCCUUUCCCCUGAGCCAUCUCCAAAAGCAAGCUUCAUAUUUGGUGAAGCAAGAAUUGUUUCUAAAGAUUGUCCUUGGAUUCAGAUGUAGAACAGGAAAAGAGUUUGCAAUUCUGGGAGUUCCCCAAGCUCCCACCGCCAAAACAACUGACGGUUUCUGGAGCCUGCAUAUGUCCCCCUCUUAACAGCACAGAGACACUCUUUUAAAACCUGAAUUAACAAAACAGAAAUGGAGAACAUUGUAAUAAAUGUGCAAUUUCUUAUGGUUUUUAGAUUUACUAGUAAUUUUAUUUAUUUUGAUAAAUAAAACACUACUCUUUCAGGCACAUAAAUAGUAGAAUGAAGAAACUUUUCUAACAGUAGGAUAUUUCCACUCAACUUCUUUAGUAUAUAUUAACCUUGUGUCUUUGACUAGUAGACAUCUUCCAAUAUUGUAAUUUAAGAAUUUACUUUUCAAAAAGUUACUGAAUAAAUGAAUAGCAGUUUUCUAUGUAAAGUCUAAAUCACAUUUUUAAAGGAUUAUAGGCUAAAUCUGUGUUCCUCCUUCCCAUUUACAUGCUUGUCCAUAAAACAGAUGUCAUACUGGCUAUGGAUAUCUUAUGCAUUCAGAGCCUGUAGAUUGCUGAAUGUUUGGCAAAGAUAAUUAUAUGCUUUGGCUUGGGAUUUGGAAACAGUAAACUUUUCCACUUUCCAUUAUGUAAAUUAGCAGUGGAAAUAGCUGUAUAUUUCUCUAUGAUGUUAUCUCGCUAAAUAUAGGUAAUGCAGAUUCAUUUCUAUUAGAAGGAAUAGUUUGCCAUAAAUUGAUGGUUCAGUUUUUGGUAUAACUUAGAUUUUAUAUUAACAUUUUUCAUUGUAUAGGAGUGUCUUUCAGUGAUUUAUUUUUUCUUCUAAACUUCUAUGGAUUUUUAGCCUCUAGCAAAAUUAAUCAGACUUCUUUAGUGACUUGUUUUAUAGGAUAUCUUUAUAUUAAUUUAUUGAAGUAUAGUUGAUUUAUAAUAUGCAGUUUCAUGUGUAUAGCAUAGUGAUUAUUUUUGCAGAUUAUACUCCAUUAUAGGUUAUUACAAGAUAAUGUCAGUAAUUCUCUGUGCUAUACAGUAUAUCCUAUUUUUUAAAAAAAAUCAUAUGAACACAAUAUAUUUGCAUUCAGAAAAACAUAAUCCCAAUUCAAGAAUUUCUAAUAGCCUGUGGUUAUCCUUACAAUAGAAGAGGUUUCUAUUUAAAAUCAGACAUUCAACAGUAUUCACUUACACUUUUAACAGAUAUUUAAAAUAUCUGUUUUAUCUUUGUGUCUCAAAUCUAGUUUUUAUAUAGAAGAUAAAAAAUUAAGAACCUUAUAGUAGAGAGGGAACUUAAAAUUCAUAACAGGUCAUUAUAAAACAGUGUCACAGAUAAAAUUCAGUUUUGAUGUAAUCAUUCAACAAAUAGUUCAUGAUCCACUACAGUGUACUUAGGCUUUGACCUUCCACGGCUUAGAGAGGGCCAGAGAAGAUAGCUCAGACGUUGUAUGCCCUGCCUAAAAUUAAAAAUUUAAGUUUUUGAUUUAUUAUUUUUUAAAACUAAACUGCAGACAUUAUUUGAAUUUUAUUUAUUUUUCUGCUAAUGUCCUUUUCUGUUACCAGAUCCAGUCCAAAAUCCCAUAAUGCAUUUAGUUCUGUGUCUCCUCAGCCUCCUCCAAUUUUCAAGAGUUCUUCUACCUCAUUUUGUCUUUCAUAACCUUGACACUUUUGAAGGGUUCUGUCAGGUGAGUGUAUGCUCCUUAGUUCUUUGUCUCCUCACAACAAAGAUUUGGAGCAACGGACGUUAAAGCCCCCUCGGCGUGUCACAGCUCUCGGGUCUUGGACAGACUGUGUUAUAGCUCUCUGGUCUCGAAUGGGCCGUGUUAUAGCUCUUAGAUAAAUCAGUGUUACAGCUCUAUUUUAUUUAGAAAAUAGCAGGAAAAUCCAUCUUGAGGCAUGAGGGCACAUUGAUCCAAAGACACGAAGAGAAGAGCGCCCCAGCCCGUGGGAGAGAGAGAGCGAGCCCUUUGGCUCCUCUUUUUAUGUUUUUUUCUUCCCCCUGGGCCUGCUCUAUGCAAAUUGGUCUUAGUCAAGAGUGCUGUCCUACCUGAAGUUCUCACUCUGGUCCUUGGACCUUCCUUUGACCUUCCUCUGUUCUAUUUUCAUGGGCUUUUCUCUUCCUUGUCUUUUAGCCACUGCCAUUUUGGACUCCUUUUCCCUAUUCUAACUACCUAACAGUUCUGAUAAACUGUUUUGUAAUGCCCCUCACUGUGGGUUUGUUUGAUGUUUUCUCAUAAGUAGCCAGAGGUUAUUCAUUUUAAGCAAGAGUAUCAAAAAGUGUCAUAUUAGGAGUACAGGAUACCCAUAGAUCUUUUUAUUGAUGGUACUAUCCCUAACUAUUUCGUCAAGGUGGUAUGGCCCAGGUUUUCUAUUAUAAAAUUACUAUUUUUCCUUUGUCAUUAAAAAAUAUCUUGGGGGCACCCUUUGGGACUGCAUAAAAAUUUUUUAAAAAAUUUUAAUGAGAGAGACCAUUGUGUUCUUUUUUUCUUGUUUUUGACUCUGUUUUUAACUGGAGGAUAAUUGUUUUACAAUGUUGUGUUGGUUUCUUCCAUAUAUCAACAUGAAUUCACUGUAUUCUUGCCUAAGGAAAAAAGAUUUAUUUUGCCCUGAUAUAUGUUGCUUCUGGAUCUCUUAUUUCUUUGUGAGCUUAUCUUAAUUCUUGGUACUGUUGAAAUGUGGACAAUCAAACCCAAACAAAAAUUUAAAACUUGCCAGCUUAAUUUUGAUGAAAAUAGAUAGUAAAUUACCUCAUUAAGUAUUUCCAUCUUGAGUUAAGCAAACUAGUUUAUAAAUUAUAUCCUACAUCCAGUUUAACAAAUAUUUGAAUACUGUAUUCAAAUUAUUUUAAUUAUAUUUAAGACAUAAUAUUUAAGGCAUUCAACUGAGAGUAUAUUAUUCUUAUUGAUUUAUGAUAGUGGAAUCUGGUGAACCUUCAGCAAAGGACUUAAGUUGAAUAUUGCUGAGGUACCAUUUUGUUUCAAAAUGAGGUACCAUUUUUGUUUCAAAAAUAAAUCCUACACUUUUGAAGUAAUCUAAUGUUCCUUGGUGGUUCUAGAAGACAAUGGACAGGAAGGAGAAAAGAAGUGAAUCUGAAACAAUCAGGCACAAAUAGCACAGAUUGUUUGCUGUGGGCUUACAUUGCAUUGUGUGGUAUGUUCUAUUUUUAGAUUUCACUUAACUGUUAUGUUUUUACUUUCAUUCAAUUGCUAAUCAAGAGUUUCCUCUGUGAAGAUGUUUUUGCUAUUCUUGGAACCACAUGGAGUUUUCCCUUUAAUAGUAAUACUGUUUGCUGUGGUCCCAGACAUGUGACCUUUAAAAAAAAAUAAGGCAAAUCAUCUUACUUUUAGUAUGUGGUCAGGAGUGAGUUGCCCAUUCACAUCAAGCCUAAUUUGAUGUGAGUUAGUACUAACCUUUGACAAAAUCCAUGGUUUAAAAUUUAGACUAGAAAGAGACCAUAAAUCUUACUGUUUAAAUCACCCAAAAGGGUAACUGUACUAUUUGUAACAUUUCUCCAGUCUUCUGUUCCCAAAUCUGUUAUUCUGUGAUGUAAAGCCUUGGUUGCUUUUCACUACUUUUAAAUUUGUUUGCAGAAGGUGGAGCCCAGAAAAUGUGCCCAUCAUUGAAUAUUCUAAGUUUAGCUAAGGAAAAGCAAGGCUGCUGUAAUGUUUCUAUUCUAAAAAAGUUGUAUUUAUCUGAGUUACAGGACUGGUUUACAUACAUGAGAAACUAAGAUUUUCCAUACACCAGGAAAAGUUUCAAAAGGAUGGCUUUUGUGCUUGCCACUUCAUCCCCACCAAAUGUUACAAACAAAUACUCAUGUCUGCAGUGGGCCAGUUGUGGGUGUACUUAAUUGCAGUUCUCAAGUCAUUCAAGCUCAAGACUUUUUCAGGUAAAAAUGAGAAAGCCUCAGAAAAUUUGUCUUUCCUCUGCACUUUUGGAAUGAGGUUUAGCUUUUAAGGUUUACAAUUUUUUUUAAUUUUUUUUUUUUUUUGUUUACAUAGAAGUAGAUAUAUCAGAGGCUCACUUUAUUUCAGGAGGGAAUUCUAAUACCUUUGGAGUAAAACAGCACCAUUAUAAUCUCUGUCAUAUGUAACUACAUUUUUGAUUGUUGGGACUGGUAUUUUAGAGAUGUUAAAAUCUUCAAUAGCUUACUUUAUUUUAGUUAACUUUUAAAAAGAACUUUGUACACUGAUAAGUUUUUAAUGUGACUCCAUUGCUUACUUUGGCUACUGAACUGCCAAAUUUGGUUUCAGAACUCAGGAGAUUUUAAUCAGUCUCUUUUUCAUAAGGAAACCAGAAAAGGUUUCAGUGAAGUCGUGUUUAAUGUUAGUCUUAUCUGUUACUGUAUAGCAAAACAGCUUGUGCCUAGACCAAUAAGAGAGAAAUCCAGGCUCAACAAAAUCCGUUUACCACUCUUUUCCAUGUUGGACAUUGAAAAAAAAACACAGAAACCCUGAAAACUGCUCACAGGGAUCUUUCUUAUUUAGUUUUACAACUUUACAACUUAUUUAGUGUGUAAUUUUGCUGAACUUGUUCCAAAAUAUAAAAUCUAAAGUAGUUGUUGCUGGUUCUAGGAACUCUUUUCCUUUCAAAGUAUUUUUGAAGUUGAAAACUUUUAAUAGUAUUUCCUUUGGAAGACAUUUUUAAUGUCAAAAGACAUUUUCUGUCUCUUUUGAGGUAUCAUUUCUAAAAAGUUGAAGUGUCUCUCAAAAAGCGCCUUACUAUGUUUUUCCUAGAGAUUCCUGAAUUAUGUACAUUUUGUUUCCUGAGUAGGAGAACUAUCUGUUCUAGAAGGACUAUUUUCAAUUUAUCAAAUGAUCAUUCUCUGCAAUUCUUAUUGGUCAUGUAAUUGAUUUAUUCCUGAGUAAUAUAAGUAACAUUACUUAUUUAGUCAAAGCUGUCUUAGUUUUUCUCUAAAUUAAGUACAGUGUUUUGGGUGGGUUUUAGAUUGACAGGAGGUUAACAUAUAUACAUACAUGUGUGCUUUUUAGCUUUAGUUCCUAAUUUAAUUAACCAAAGAUCCAGUGUCUUAUCAGAAGUAAAGUCAGGGCAGAAGCAGAUGUAACGUAUCUCAGCAUAGCUUCUUUUAGCUCAUAAUAGGAAUCAGCAGUUGCUGAUAACAAUGUACAUGCAAGGUAAUAUCCUUGAAUUAGGAAAAGUUCAUUUAUUUCUAUGUCACUACCCUUUUAGAUUCACUCUUCUAAAAGAACUAACGAUCUGGGAGCUAUUCCAUUUUCAUCACUAUUCCAGAAGAACUUAAACUGACCAUCUGUGGGCUUCCUUUUAAGGGAAUGUUUAUAAUUACCAGACUCCUGGUUCUUGAACCAAACUCAGUGUCAGCAAGGACAUUUUCUCAUUCAGAGGGCGGAAUCAGAGUUAAUACACAGGUGUCCUCUGUCUCUUUACUUACAAGUGUUCUGGAAGACCCACUUCCUCCUAAGUAUUAAACCUGAAAUUUAUAACUUUGAAUCUUAAAAUAACCUAGUAAGCUCUUGAUUUUUUGCAUCAAAGAAAAGGAAUAGAACUAUACUAAUCUAAACGGACCAAAUUUAUACAAUAAUUUGUUUCGGUUUAGAAUUUCUUUUAUACUCAGAUUUGAUGUGGUCAUAUGUGCCUAGGGUAUUUUUGAAAAAUAAUGAUUCAUAUUAUGAAAACUUGACUCAAGAAGAAAAGAAGCUACCUGGUCUCUCUCUUCUUCAAUAGGAAAAUAACCUUUCAAAAUAAUGCAA